AUGAGCGCCGAACCAACACACGACAUCGACGCGCCCGCAAAGGUGCCGAAAAAUUUUGCUGGCAGCGACAAGAUUGCAACCGAUGAUGCAAAGGCGGCCGCGAACGUGGAGAAAGGAGAAAUAGACAUCAUGAUGGAGGAGCCUGAGAAGACCUAUUACAGCACCGUUUCUGUCUGGCUUAUGGUCUUAUUUUCUGGCUUGGCGAUUGGUUCUGACGGAUACAAUGCCGCCGUCAUUGGCAAUGUGGAGCUGCUGCUCGCUAUUCUAUAUCCCGACGAAUUAACUGACACAAUCUACCAGCGUCUGUCAAAUGCGUUCCUCAUCGGAAUGAUUGUUGGCAUGCUGCUUUUUGGCGUGGUAGUUGACCAACUUGGACGAAAGACCGGCGCCGUUGCAACCACAGUUCUGUUGGUGCUGGGCAUCACGCUCUCCACGGCGGCCAGUGGAACAAACCCGACUGGAAUGUUCUGGAUGUUGAUUGUUGCUCGCGGUAUAGCCGGCGUUGGUGCUGGUGGAGAGUAUCCUGUGUCAGGCGCUGGUGCAGCCGAAGCCACAGACGAAGACGCCAAGUAUCGCAAGAGGAGAGGCUUCAUGUUCGCCAUGUUGGCGGAUCUGUCAAGCAGUCUGGGAUAUAUCUGGGGCGCUUUGGUGCCCCUGCUUCUCUUACUGUGUGUUGGUCAGCAAGUUUCCAAGUAUGACAUCGUCUGGCGAACAUCUUUUGCUCUUGGAAUGGCACCACCGCUUCUCAUUUUCUGGUUUAGAAUGCGCAUGGCCGUUUCGACAGCAUACCGCAAGUCAGCAAUGCGUAAGCAGCGCACACCUUACUGGCUGGCUUUGAAAAGGUAUUGGAGGCCUCUCAUCGGGUCCGCUUCGACUUGGUUCCUAUACAACUGGAUCAGCAUUCCUUUUGGUAUUUUCAGCUCUACCAUUAUGUCUCGAGCCAACGCCGGCGACAGCCUCGUGAAAACACUUGGAUGGGGUGUCGUGAUCAAUUGCUUUUACGUACCUGGUCCCUUUAUCGGAGGAUAUCUCUCCGACAAGAUUGGUCGACGUCAGACUAUGGCCUUGGGGUUCACACUGCAGGCAAUCCUUGGAUUUGUUCUCGGUGGAGCGAUGAACCCUAUCCAGAAAGUCUUCCCAUUGUUCGUCGUGCUGUACGGUAUUUUCUUGACGCUGGGCGAAGUUGGACCCGGAAGUACGGUUGUUUUGACUGCUUCUGAGUGUUUUCCAACAUCCAUCAGAGGACAGAUGAUGGGUCUGAUCUCGGCUUUCUCAAAAGCUGGAGCGGCUAUUGGGACACAGGUAUUUACGGCCAUUCUCAACUCCUACACGUCGGAUCCCUCCAAAGGAAACCAAGUAGCUUUCUUGAUUGGGUCAGGGUUUGCUGUUCUAGGUGCUAUAAUCGCGCUGUUUGUUAUUCCGGACGUGUCUCGCCGGCUGAACGAUGACGAUGAGGCCUGGAAAAAAUAUCUGCAGGAGAACAACUGGGAUGCACAGUGGGGUGACGAGGUUACUCGAGAUCCAUCGGGAGUAAUAAUGAACAAGGCCGCCUCCUGA